AUGAGAGAAGUGACUGGAGAGAGAGCGCGAGGGGCGGAAUAUGAACAAGGAGGUGGAGGUUGGAAGGAAGUGAGAUACAAGAAAAGAACUAACGUGCGUAACUUAGGGGGUAAAUGGGAGGGAAGGAAGGGGAAGAGUAUGGCUGGAGAUGAACGGUUGUCAUCGUAUUUCAUCACAGAGUUUCCUGAUGACCUUGGUCCUAAGAAACUAUUUGAAGUCUUCAAGGAGUUUGGCUUGGUGGUGGAGGUAUUGAUACAUUCUAGAAGAGACAAAAGUGGUAAGCGAUUUGAAUUUGUAAGAUUCGGGGAGGAUCGAGAUGAAAGAAUGUUAGGCGUGAAACUCGAUAAUAUAUACCUAAGCGGUAAGAAAAUUCUCGCUAACAUACCUAAGUUUCAUCGUCGUGAGGAGAGGUCGGAGGUCCCUAGUUCCAUCAUUAGGAACUCUAGAAAAACAUACCAAUAUGGCGAAGGAGCAAAGCAGGGUAAGGAGAAAAAAGAAAUAGGUGGUGGAUCGAGGAAGAAUGAACCGAAGAUAGCUAAGGAAAAAACACUGCAUCGGAGUAGGGAUGAUCAUGGUGGUAUCAACCUGAAGCAGAAAUUUGCUGAUCUUCAUUUUAAGGUUGAAGAAUCUGAGAUGUGCAGAUUUAAAAAAGCUUUUAUCGGGGUGGUGGAGGAAUCAGGAAUGAGUUACAACAUUCCGGAAGCUUUCAACAUAGAAGGUUACUUUAGAGUUAAAGUUACACCCAUUGGUGCAAACCUAUGUCUUUUGGAAGAAAUGGAGGAAGGUGAAAUUGUUGCCCUGAUAUCAAAGGCUAAUGAAUGGAUUUGUCAAUGGUUUUCAGAGAUUCGCCCAUGGAGUCCUGAGGUGGUGGAUAAUGAAAGAUUAAAAUGGCUGCCUUGCUACGGUGUGCCCUGUCAUGCAUGGUCCUUCAAGUUUUUUGAUUUUAUCGCUUGUUCUAUCGGGAAGAUUGUUUAUUUGGAUGAUGAAACGAGUAAAUAA